GGUGGCGGCGGAAGUAGCUGAACCGAGCGGAACUCGUGUGUCGGUGACAGAACGGACAGAUGUUACAGAUGUUCCGGUCUUACCGGGUUUGUUCCGGACCGACCCCGCCCCCCCACGCUAACACAGCGGGCCGCUGUUAGCCUGUUAGCUCCAGAGCUGUGUAGAGUGAGAAGAUGUCGGGAGGACACCUGGAGGGACAGUUCAUUUAUCAACUUCCGUCCAUCGUCCUCUGGGAAUUCUGCCUGGUCAUGGACGGACUGUCGGACCUGGACUGGACCCGCUUCGCCUCGGAGGUCCUGUGCGAUCAGACUGAAGUGCGAUCGGCUGAGAGGAGGGAGAGGCGGACCGACUGGGUGAUGAACCAAUGGGGCAACAGGAACGGUCGAGUCUCGGAGCUGAUCGACCUAUUAGAGCGUCUGCAGCUGUUCCGACCCCAAGACAUCAUCCUGCGCUGGACAUCCACUCUGAAGCCUCUGUCCUCCACCCCAGCCCCUCCUCCCGCUCCUCAAGUCUCUUCCUCUCAGUUCGACCCCCCUCCCAAGCCAUCUGUGGCCCCGCCCACUCUUAGCACCCGCAGACUGACAGAAGUUAAAGGAGGAGGAAGACCACUCCCACUCCCACUCCCACUCCCACGACCGGCCCCGCCCCCCUCUGAUCUGCGGUCUGACUGCGGCUCACCACACCCAGAGGCGCCCCCGGUGGUAGCGUGUGGAGGCGGGGUGAUGUGCUGGUCGUAUGAAGAGGUGUAUGCUGGGACAAAGGGGUUCUCACCCUCCCUACAGGUUGGGGAGGGGGGGUUUGGAGUUGUUUACAGAGCGACCCUGGGAAACACAAAUUGCGCCAUCAAGAAACUCAAACAGGAUUGUGUGUUGGACUUGACUUUCCUGAAACAAACAUUCCAGACUGAAGUGGAGAAACUUUCAAAGUUCAGACAUCCGAACAUCGUGGAUCUGCUCGGUGUCUGUGAAGGAGGAGGAUCAUUGUGUCUCAUCUACAGCUACAUGGACAACAGAUCACUGGAAGAGCAGCUACACAAUCAGCGUGUUGUCCUCACCUGGUGUCAGAGACUCAGUAUUGUUGAAGACGUGUCGUCAGCGUUGGCGUUUCUCCACUCCCCCCCCGACAGACACACACCACUCAUCCACGGAGACGUCAAGAGCUCGAACAUCCUGUUAGACCGCCACCUGGUGGCGAAGCUGGCCGACUUCGGUCUGGCUCGGUUUGGGUCUCACAGGUCAGCAGGACCCUCUGCCACUCGGACGCAGACAGUGGGUAAAACGGAGACGGUCAGAGGAACUCUGGCGUAUCUGCCUGACGAGUAUGUGAGGAAUGGAGAGCUGGGGACGGCUGUGGAUGUCUACAGCUUUGGAGUGGUGUUGUUGGAGGUGUUGACUGGACGUCGUGCUCUGGAGAGAGACGGGAAGUCAGGAGAGAGAUACCUGAAAGACCUGGUGGAGGAGGUUGAGGACAGUCCGACUGGCUCGUGUGCAGCAGUGUGGAAGAAUCAGCUCGACCAGCGGCUGAUAACAGGGGGCGCUGCAGAGCCUGCUGAGUGGAUGACUGUGUUGGCUCUGGCCUGUAUAUGUUUGGACAAGAAGAGGAAGAAGAGGCCGGGAAUGAGCGAGGUCUUUCAAAAACUCAAGGAUGUCCACAACCUGGUGACGAGGACCAGCUCUUCCUCCUCUUCCCUCCAUCACCCUCACCUCCAUAACUUCUCCCAGUCCCUCCCCUGCCCCCCCUUAUCCAUCGACUCUAGAAUAGGAGCACUGACCAACCAGAUCGCCAAACUGGGACCACUGACAGACACUAACCGGACACCCCCGUCCUCCUCCUCCUCCUCCUCCUCGGGCCCCUGUGAGACUGACGAGAGUCAAGGUUUCUCUCAGCUCAGAUCAGACGGGACCAGCUCCACCUCUCUGUCCACCAGGGACCAGCCUCUCUGUGGCCCAUCAGAGUUCACAUCUGUCCCCAUUGAGGACCAGUACAACUUCCCUCCUCAGCCGAACUGCUCCAUGGACAAACCAGGGGACACUAGUGGGCAGAACUUAUCGACGCUUUACAGUGUCCCAGAAUGCCUCUCUCCUGCAGGGUCGCUGCAGUCGCAGCCGUCAUCCCUGGGGCCUUCAGGUCAGAAGGAGCCGAGGACUCAGGGGUCGGAGCUUCUCUCGUCUGAUGACCUCUACGGAGUGGGCGGGGCUGCCGGCUCCAGGGGACCGGAGGAGAGCGAUGAGCUCGAUUACCUUCCUGCCAAACGAGACUGAUGGACGACAGCGUCUCUCUGCUCAGGACCAAAGAGGCUGUGAACUCAGAUGAGGACCUGCAGGGUCACAGAUCUCCAUUAACUGUUGAUGUUCCUCAUGUGCCUCUUGUGCUGUGUCCACACAUCUUCCACACGUUGGAGGGAUCAGUGGGGGGGGGGGUCCUGAGGGGCCCCGGGGCCACAACCUCAGUUUGAAGUGAGUUUCAUUAAAGUUAAUUAAACAAAGACACAAAGAAGCUGCAGUUACACAGAAGUACACAGCGGGGGGGGGGG